CUUCACUUUAGUGAAUAAUAGCCACUGCUAAUACUUCCUUGCCUUAAACGUUACUUUCGUGACAUUUUGAAUUAUUUACCUCACUUGUAGGUAAUAAUGUAUUUUAAGGAUACUUCCCAUGUGCGUCUUCAUUUUCAUUUUUUUUUUUUAUGUGAAGACUAGCGUAUACAGUAAAGUUAUUUAUUUCGCGCCGUUGUAUCAUUGACAGCGAGCACACAGCUGGCUCGACUUUUACAGAUGACAUUUGCUGCAUAUCGACAUUAACGUUGCUAAGUUAAUUAUUGUCAAUUCAGCGGCGAUGGUAAUGGUUAGGAAAGCCUCCAGAAAUGCUGGGAUCUAUACACAGACACACAAAUCCCGCAAGAGGACUCAUCAUCGGCCCCGUCCAACCAGAACCAUCAUGACCCGCAGCCAGUGUAACACCAGCGGUAGCUUCUUCCACAGGCUCCCGUCAGAGGUGUUUGACAUGAUCCUGGAUAAACUGUCUGAGGUGGAGAUCAGUGUGUUCAGCAUGGUGUCCAAGGAAAUCACUAGAUACAUUAUGAACUACAUCUCUACACUGGCCUGGAAAAAUAAAACGAUCAUUCAAAGCUUUCACCACUCCACCUGCCUUGAACAGAGAUCCAUUAUCGGACAUUACAGAGACCUGGGUUUGUUGUUCAAGAGAUGUACCCUGUUGCUACCAACAAAGGACAGGUUAAAGUUUAUCUUUAGCAAGUUUUCACAGAUUCCAUGCUUCCUGUUGGAGCAGUGUUUGGCACCAGACUGCAUUGGCUUCUCCAGCUACGGAGUCUUCCUCCAGACACUGAUCGCAGGUUGGGAUGAGCUGGAGUGCCACAGAGUCUUCAACUUCCUUUGUGACUUCGCAAAUCUGCUGCAAAAAAUGGAAGCAGUCAUCACUGGAAAACCAGGGGUGAGGUGGUACCAAAAGCUGCAGCUCCGUCUAUUCUGCCGUCAGGUUCUGUUGGACCCAUGGCCCAACCAGUCGGAAUGUCAGUUCUGGCUAAUGCAACUCCUGAAGCCUUGGCCCAUGGUCAGCCAGGCACACUUACUGUUCAUCCUCUAUGGACCUCUGCUGCCUGAGGGCUCCCUCGGUUGGCAGGAUCUGGUGGAGAGGGGGCUGCCUCACAGCGCUCUGUGGGACCUGGCUAGGGCCAUCCUUCUGCUUUUCAGCAAACUAGAAGUCCAAGGCCAGUGCACCAAUUCGCUGCUGUCAAUCUUGGAGGAGCUCAUUGUCAUUCCUCAGCCGUGGCAUGUGGAGAAUGUGGCUCGUCUGUUGGUGCUGUGUGGCAGCAGUCUCUGCUACACUGUUCUAGUCAGCAAGGCUGUCAAUAGACGACUUCUUGAGACCUCCAGACUCAUUGUGUACAUCAUACUGGUGUGUGAGAAAGACGGCUAUCACAUGUCCUGGGCAGUGAAAAUGGUGCAGCAGAUCUGCAAGGUCUUCACCACGGCUCCUGAAAGGUUCGGCUUCAUCCAGCAACUGGAGAACAUGUUUUCCGAAGUCACCAGGGAGUUUUUUGAGUUUUCUGUUGCAGGGAACCAUCUUGACGACAGGGAGAUUUUCCAGACCCUGUGUAUCCUCCUGGACUCCAGUGCUCGCUUCCACACUAAAUUCCUCCACAUGUUCCUCAAAUAGGAAUGAUGCAGAUUAAAAGUGACAAUGGAGAGAAGGAAGAGUUGGGAAAAAGAAAAAACGUAAAUAAUGAAGGGGUUAACGAUAAACAGAUUGAAAGAGAGUGAUGGACCUUAAUAACAAUAGUCAGACUUGGAAAAGGCGAGUGUUGUGAUGGCAGCCUUAACAGUUCAGAGAAAUCUGAGGGUGGAAUUGGUUAUCAGUUCACUAUACGCUAUAACCAACAUUGCAUGUGUUGGUUAAAAGGGCUGUUAAAUUACUUUGGCUAAACAGCAUGGUUAUUUGUACAAAUUUUAUAUUUCUCUCAUAGUUUCAAAAUCUUGUUAUUUGUGAAGAUCUUGCAUGCUAAUUUUUGUAAAAAUGUAAUAUUUAUUCAUUAACAGUAACAAUAUUUAUUGACAUUAU